UUCCUCGUUUUUUUCGCCGUCAAAAGUUUAUCCUCACCUUCGAGAAGAGCCUGACCAACGCAGAAGCCAUGAUUACGUUUGUUUACGUACGGGUGCCCGCUAGGAACGUGUGCGCGGUUUAGAGCGGACCGGGUAUAACACAAAAGCAUUGGCGACGAAACGGUCCGACUCAUUUAAGGGGAAAUGACUGAGCCCGUUAGCCGAUGCUAGCUAACCAGGUAGCAAGGUCGUUAUUUUUUAUAACGCGUUUUCCUUAUCCGGGCGAAUCAUGUCGUGCGGAAGCUGAACGCAUCUUAAAUCGAAGAGGUCCAGACUGACGACGCAAGACCCAGCCCUCGACAAAGGAAAAUGGAAGAUAUAAAGGCUGAGCCUGUGGAUUUUGUGAAGGAAUUCCAAGAAUACCUAACACAGCAAACCCAGCAUGUGAACAUGAUCUCUGGCUCUGUUUGUGGAGACAAAGAAUCAGAAGAAUCAUUUCUAGCUGCAUCAAAGAGUGAACAGAAUGGUCUGGACCCUCCAUCUGUGGAAGUGAGCCUGUCGCUGGAGGAUGGAUCAGAUGCUCAGAUGGAUGGCUUAGAGAGGACCUGUGAUGGAAAGUACAAGUGUAGUUAUUGUAAUUAUGCCAACAAAGGCAUGGCUCGUCUUAUAGAGCACAUCCGUAUCCACACAGGAGAAAAGCCUCAUCGCUGCCAGCUGUGCCCGUUUGCCUCAGCUUACGAGCGCCACUUGGAAGCCCACAUGCGCUCUCACACGGGAGAGAAACCAUACAAGUGCGACCUCUGUGCCUUCCGCUGCAGCGACCGCAGCAACCUUUCUCACCACCGCCGCCGGCGCCACAAGCUUCUGCCCGCAAGGGCCGUGCGCCCGCCGUUCAACAAGCGAAUGCUCAGUGUCCUGCAGAAGAGGACGAGCUCUUUGGGCUUUGGCAGACGGCUUCUCAUCAACUUCAGCCCUCCUUCAAUGGUGGUACCAAAGUUAGAUUAUCUGAAUGACAUGUCUCGCAACCUGAACAACCAUUUGACCAGCAAUGAGUAUAAGAACAUGACUAAGGCACACGAGAGCGCUGGCAGCUGCAUGGGUGCCAACAGUUUGACAACAGACAGCCCACUGGACCAGCUGUCCACACUUGCUGGCCAAUUGGCUGACUUACCUCCAGAGUCCCAGACUCUGGUGUCCCCAGACCAGAUGUCCUGUAAGGAUGAGAAACCCAUCCUCAUACCACAGGUCUCAGGAGCACCAGUUGCUGUUUCGACGAAUGGAGUCUAUCGGAAACCCUCUAACGAGGAGUCUCAACCUUCAGGGCACAAGGAUUACAGCACUGGGGCAGGGCCCAGCCUUGACCAGAGUGCAUAUACUUUAUCAGCAAGUGUGAGCAAUAGCCAGCCUAGUGCACCUGACGAGACCACACAAGACCAAAAGCUGUUUUAUAAUUGCAACCAUUGUGAUAUUCACUUUUCAGAUAACAUCCUUUACACCAUUCACAUGGGUGGUCAUGGCUAUGAGCAUCCAUUCCAGUGUAACAUCUGUGGCAACAUGUGCAAAGACAAAUAUGACUUUGCAUGUCACUUUGUUCAUGGACAUCAUAAAAAGUGAUCUACCAUUCACAAUAAAGGCAAAUGAAGUCUUAAGUGCAAGUCUAUUUAGGCUAUAUUUAAUAACUUGGCUAUAUUAUCAAUCUCUUGCCCUUUUUUCCCCCUUUUUGAUAUCUUGGUUUCUGUCAUUACAAGAUGUUAUUCCAUUGUCUUAUUGCACUUGCUCCAUGUAACCCAACAUGUUUUUUUCCCCAUCAGAUUAGGAUGGAUACGCAUAAUUUCUUGAACCAAUUUGAAAUGACUGCACACCAGUUUCCAUCUCUGAAAUGUUGUCAAGAAUAACUUUUUUGUGAAAUAUCCAGUAUUUUAGAUGCAGUCUUCCAUAUUGUUAACUAAUAUUUGUCUUAUUGAAUCUGUUUGUAUCCAAACCGGGCGACUUUCAUC